GGACAGACGAGUCCUGAAGAGAUUUAUUUUAAUAAGAAUUUAAAGUGGGAACCUCAAAGAUGGAGAUAUGCACACAAUUCUGAAAACUCCACGUCUCAAUACUCGUUUUCUUCCUGAGGCCAGCGUAUUAUUUAAAUUGUUUACAAUGGGAAUGCCGCGUAUUUACGCUACGCUACAACGCCAACAGGGUGAGCAGGCGCUGCACUUUGGCGGGUUUUUUCUGUUCGCGGGAAGUUGAAACAUUUUCAACUUUGGGUAAAAAUGCUGCAUUUGUCACAAUCACUUUUAAACCAAGCCGUCCAAUCACAGUGGAGGAGGGGCCGGACAAAUAUCCUACUACAAAGAGGUGAUCAAAUGUGUUUUAUUUUAAGUAUGUUGUGGUCUUAUGUUAAGCUCUUCACAGUGUCCUCAUGUCUGGAGCAGUGGACUAAACUUAUUUCUCUUGUGGGAUAAUAAAAUGUAUCUGAAUCUGGAGAUGUUUCCUCGGCCACAAAACCUCUUCAGUCACAUCCUCUCCCUCCGUACUUUGUCCAGAGCAAGUACUCGACCUUGUGCCGACAUUUUUACUUACUUUCGAGUAUAUUCCGUAUCUUAGCACGUCGCCUCCAAAGUGCUCCCAGCUGGGCGUGUUCAGUACAGUGUCUAGCUAUAGGAGGAAAAACCCUUUUGGUGGACACAGCAAAUGGACCAGGACUGCCACUUUAAAUUAACUCCCAAAUCUUUCUAAAUAACUGUUUAAAAGAACAGCAUUUAGUUUUAUUUAGUAAUUGACAAACUUGGAACAUCUUAAGGUAUUGGUUCUUUCCUCCCUCUAUUAAUAAAGAUAUCUUCUGCAUAUUAAACUGUACAAAUACAGCAGUAGUUUGCAAAUGUGAGCUUUAAUUCUGUUACUACUGCAAUGAGUGAUACAUUUCAUUAUCUUUCAAAUUUCAAAUCUGCUGAUUAUUUAUUUUUUUAUUGUUUUGUCUAUCAAAUGUCAGAAAACUGAAAAAGUCUCACACUAUAUGUUAAUUGUACUCAAGUCUGGACAGUCAUAUUUUGUCCACACCCCACUUUUGAUGGCCUCUGACCCACUGUGAAGCAACAGCAGAGGUUUUAAUUCCUACAAUGAGUCCUUCAUGCUGUUAGGAAGUGAAACUACACCACAGGUUGCCAUCACCAGGCGAGGUUUACUUUUUGCGUCAUCUCCGCCUCACUCAGCACUGCGGGGUGUCAGACACAACUAUAAUUCAGCAGAAAAGUUUCCUCCAGAAUGUCAGAUAAAGAGACACAGGACGCUCCUGGUUAUGAUGAGUCCUCACCACCACCUUUAUACUCCUACGAAGGACAGCAACCUCCACCCUACUCUGCAGCCCCGGCAAUGUGCCCUCCAUCUAAAAUCGAGACAACCUGCAUUUAUCAGCCUACAACUGGGUACGAGUCUUUCCAGGACAUCUGCCCAGAGGCCUCGUCGGACACGACUCCACUGAUAGCCUCAUCUUCUUUUGAUGACAAGACAGUGAGAAGAGCGUUUGUCAGAAAGGUGUUCAGCAUUCUGACUCUCCAGCUGCUGUUCACCUUCAGUGUGGUGUGUGUGUUCACCUUCUCCAGCGUGGUCAAAGAGGCGGUGCAGACCAACCUGGGGGCCUACCUCAGCUCCAUCAUCAUCUUCAUCGUGGUCGCCAUGGCCCUCAGCUGCUGCAAGUCCUUCAGUCGACGUCACCCCUGGAACAUCGUGGGAUUGGUUGUGGUCACCCUGAGCUUGUCAUACAUGGUGGGAACCAUCGCCUCCUUCCACGACACCACCGCUGUCGUCAUCACUAUGGGAGCAACCGUGGCCAUUUCUCUUGCAAUCAUUGCAUUCUCUGCACAGACUCGUUAUGAUUUCACUAUUUGGUACGGUGUUCUGCUGAUUCUGGUUGUGGACGUGAUCAUGUUUGGGUUCUUCUGCACCUUCUACUACUCCUACAUCAGUGAAGUCGCCUAUGGAUGUCUGGGUGCUCUGCUGUAUUCACUGUUCCUGAUGGUGGACUGUCAGCUGAUGAUGGGGAUGAUGAGCUACCGUCUGGAUCCAGAGGAAUACAUCAACGCUGCUCUUAAUAUCUACCUGGACGUAGUCCUCAUCUUCCUCUACCUGCUGGGGAGGAGAUGAAACUAAAACACAUUUACGUUUUUUUUACGGUGCAUGUUCACCUGUACAGAAUUUUGACCCGACUAUUAUCGAAACAAAUGAAAGCAUUCAAUUUGUGUUCUAUCGGCAUUGAUAAGACACAUUCAAUAGAAUUUAGGUAAUUAUUCCGUAGAAAUGCUCACGUUAAACCUGCAUGAAAACCUCCAAAUCAUUACAUUGUGUUGUUAAAAGUCAGAUGCUGAUAAUCAUAAAGAUCCACGAGGCCAUUUGUGUUUCCCGCAGCACCAAAGCAGAGACAUGAUUGAACACAAUACAGCUCACGUUGGUUUUAGGUCGUUUGUGAUAUAAAGCAGCAGGAACAAAAAGUGUUGAGCACAUUUUCUCGGAGCCCUGUCUUUACCAUUCAGGUUCACUUUCACUUUGAGUUCAUGAAACAAGUCAGAUAUGUGGGUCAAUGAUUACGAGGUCUGGAAAUACUGCAAUUACACUUUCUGCCUGUCAAAAGCUGGCACCAUGUUCAGGUCUAUUAUUAACAAACGCAAAUUAGAUAAUGUGUCUUAAGUUGUCCCGCUUUGAUUUAGUACUGAUCGAGACAAGUGACAACCCCUUAUCCAUAUCUGACCGACUGGAACAAUGGUAAACUUUGCAGUUUCCGUCAGGGAUUUUUUUUUUUUUUCUUCACUUCAUGGCAUCAGGAAGUGAAACUCACCACGCCACAGGUUGCGAGAAUAACCGAAACCAAUCACAUGCAAGGUUGUGUUUUGUGUUGUCUCCUCCUUACACAGUACGGCAAGGUGUCAGACAAUUAUAAUCCAUCAGAAAAGGUAAAAACAAUCACUUUACUCUCUAUUAUAUAUUCUUGACUUGUUCUGUGUAUAAAGUUAGCCCAAAUAUCCUUUUAACAAGACAACAAAUAUCAACAGUUAAUAAUCCUGCUGAGGGUGUGUUCACUCAGAUCACAACUAAUUUGCUUAGCCGGUUACUAACUGCAACAAAUGAUCAUUUAAACUCAUUUAAUUGUAUUAAUUUGAGUUGAUUAGUCAGAGGAAGAAGAAGAAAUAUGUCUGUUUUCACUGCGGAACUCAGCUCUGAACAUGUAAAUGUUAAAUGCUCAAAAACAGUUACCAGUUCAUCCAAAUAUGUUUUUGUAAAACGGGGUAGAUCUACAUAACAGCACUGAUAUCUCUGCCGCACAAAAAUUUCCCCAACAUAAAGUGUUAAUGUGUCAGUCCAGUGUUUCAGUUUAUUUGUUAUUAAUCAAGGUGUACACAUGACACAAGCUUCUUCUUCUUUGGUUUUGGUUUUAAAAGGGCGGCUUGCAUCCAAAAUGUUGCAUUUCAGCCAACCACUGGAUUUAAACUAAAAUCUCCACUUAAUAAAAUGAACUCCUUCCCAUCUAUUCCCCACUCUGCUGUAACAUUUGUAUUUCCCAUGACCCUAAAAACUUCCCCAGACAUUCCAACAAACAGAAAUCCCUUGCUGCAUCUCUAAAAAGGGAUUUUUCUUUCUACUCCGGUAGUGGUUAAUUAACAUUGCCAAAAACAGAUCCUUACAAACAUUCGUCACGCUUCCUGACCGUCUUUGUUCUCCUUAUAGCUUCUUGUCACACCUUGCCUUACCUACUUCCUCGUGCGCAUAUCUUUUCUUAUAUAACCCUGAAUAUUUCGAUCCCCUCUACUCUCUUUGGACAGUGAGCCUCCCACGCCGCAUGAUUCACUUUGUAAAGAGGACACUCUCGCUCUUUAUCACAGUCUCCUUCACAGUCAGUCUCCCCACAUUUGCCACGAGUGGUAAAAUCACUCCUACACACUAACAGACGAAACUUCCAACAGCUCUGACAUCGUAGCGGUUUGGGAACAUAAUGCCUUUUUAUUUGGUACGACACGUUGUCCAAGAACACUCCAAGAACUCCAAAUCAAACUGAUGCAAGACAGAUUCAGUCCUAAACAUUUCAUCAAUUACUUUGUCAAACCUCUUCAUUCUAAAUCUGUCCGUCACCGUCAUUAAACUCUCCUUGCAUCUACUCUGCAUGAGACUCCAACAACUACACCUUUAAUUUGAGCUUUCUUGCUCAGCUACAGACCCAUCCCAUCCGCCAAAAUCAAGAUUUAAAACAUUUUCCUAUCUCACUAUUUGACAUGAACUCUGCGAUUAUCAAGCCGGAUCGUUUUGUAUCAAACAGUUUAACUUCUGUCACUUCCUGUCAAUCCAUCUUGUAACAAUGUGCUUUUCUUACAAAGCUCCACGUCCAGCACAUUCUUUCAGAGCCCGAAUCUUUACUCCAACCCUGUAGGUUUAUUCUCAACAUCCUCCUCCUUCCUCAUAUUUCUAUGGCCCCUCCUCUAUUCUGCUCCUGAAACAAACUUGUUUUAUUGAAUUUCCCGGGUUCCAUUUUUCCCUUUGUUUCAGUAAACGUUUUGUUAAUAAACGCCACUUGUUCUGCACUAACCUGCUCAUCGACCUGGUUCUUCAACAUCACACGUUUUCUGAUUUAAAACCACCUCAUCUGCCCUUCAGCACUACAUACUGAUUUAAAGCAAAGUAGUUUUACUUGAACACACCUGCAUGAACAGGUAAUUGUUUGAUUAGUGUGGUUUGAUAUGUACUUCAAUGCAUCGCUAGAGCUAUAAGUAAAGACAGAAGAUGUGUUGAUGUGUCACAGUAGGAGAACCAGAAGUGCUAGUAAUUAAUGAUUGCUCCCAUUUAAAUUGAAUACAGUCCUAGCUUACUGGGUUACAUGAACGUACCAGAGCAAUCGUUAAUGUUAUUAGAAGCACCUGUGCUUUUCCACCGAUGACAAGUCAAAAUGUCUUCUUUGGAAUAAAGGCCUAUUGUCUCGUUACUGUAACUUGCUGCAGUGUUUUCAACCUUUGUAAAUUCAAUCUGUGAUCAAAUCUAGAGAUUUUUUGAUCACAUGAAGUUAUUAAACUAGAUAACAUGACACAAUACUUGUAUUUCCUUCCACAUUUGCUGAGUAUAAAAGAAGUGGCACAACAGCGCUAGUUUUACUUCCUAAAGUUUACACCAUUCUUGGCCUUCUCAAUCAGAAGUAAGCAACCCUGUACAUCAGGGGUGUCAAACUCAUCUUCACUCCGGGCCACAUCAGCAU